CUUGACAUUGUUCAUCUCUUCUGCACGCGCAACGUGCAAGGCAAGCAGCGACGCAGCACAAUCGCAUAGCAGAGCAUCGCAUACCCCUUCGCCAGCUCGAGAUCUACCACAGCGCAGCACAGCACAAUGCCACCAGGCUCACGAACAGUCUUCGUGGCCAACAUCCCCUAUGACGUCUCAGAAGAGCAGAUCGCCGGCGUCUUCUCCGAGGUCGGACCGGUGCAGCAUGUCGAGAUCAAGUUCGACCCCGUGAGCGGCAAGUCGAAGGGCUACGCCUUUGUGCAGUACUACGACGAGGCGACGGCGCUGUCCGCAGUGCGUAACCUGCAAGAGGUGCCGAUCAACUCGCGGCCAGUCCGCAUCGAGCUGUCGAGCGACGACGGACCACGGCGCGGCGGCCCGCCGCGCGGGCCAGGCGGGUUCGGUGGGCGUCCUGGAGGGCAACAUGGAGGAGGAGGGUUCGGCGGACCCGGCGGCGGACGCGACUCGCCGCCCCCGCGCGCGGUGCCCUCGCCCGCUGGCGGCGCGUUGAACGUGCCGCCCGGGACCGACCCGCUGCCGGGGCAGAAGGCGACCGACGCCAUCUCUGAGACGCUGGGCCGCCUCCAGCCGGGCGAACUGCAGGAGGUCAUGGCUGGCAUGAAGACCCUCAUCACUACCCAGCCUGACAAGGCCCGCGAGCUCCUCACGACGCAGCCGCAGCUCACGUACGCCCUCUUCCAGGCCAUGCUGCUGCUCAAGGUCGUCGACGACAGCGUGCUCCAGCGCAUCGUGCCCGGCCCGCCCGCUCAGCAGCAACAGCAGGGCUACGGCGCGCCGCCUCCGCCGCCGCAGGCGUACCCUCCCUUCCCGGCCCACCAGCAGCAGCAACAGCCUCCUCCGGCGCAGUACCCUCCUUUCCGCCCCCCGCCGCAGCAGCAGCAGGCAGGUGGCUACGCCGCGCCGCCACCGGCGCCAAGCUACGGCGGAUACGCUGCCGGCCCGCCCCCGCUCCCGCCCGCCGCGCAGGCCGAGCUCGCAAAGCUGCCUGAAAACGAGCGGAAUACGCUCAUCCAGGUCCUCCAGCUCACGCCUGAUCAGAUUGGCGCGCUGGAUCCCGACCAGAGGAACUCGGUGCUGGCGCUGAGGCAGCAGUUUGGCGUGGUGUGA